AUGUCCGUGUCGAUCGAAGCAAAGCAGACGCCUUUCCACGACGAAGUGGCCGAGGUUGACACACCACCUGAGCUCACCCCAUGGCAAUGCCUGAAAGCCAACCCCAAGAUCGUGCUAUGGACGCUUUAUGCCAACAUUGGCUCGACUAUGGUCGGCUACGAGAACCUUGCGCUCUCGGUGUGCCUUGCCAUGCCGGCUUUCCAGAUGACCUUUGCAUCUGAGGUCAACGGCGUCCUCAUCAUUCCAGCGUACUGGCAGUCACUCUGGAACGCACUCUACAACAUCUUUAACAUGCUCGGCUCGGUCUCAGCCGGCCAUCUGCAAGAUUGGUUCGGACGUCGCUCCGUCUUCCUAGCUGCCAUAAUCAUUGGGAGUGCUGGCGUCGCGGUCAGCUAUAUCUCCAAAACCCCAGCCGAGUUCCUGGGUGGCAAGAUCGUCGCUGGCUAUGCAGUCGGCCUCCUCCUGGCCGGCACGCAGACGUACGUGUCUGAGAUCGCACCACUGCCAAUGCGAGGUUUGGCUCUGAGCACCAACACCGUCAUGCUCAACUUGGGCCUCCUCAUCGGCAUUUCAGCGACGUUCAGCCGCGUGAGCAUCAUGGACCAGUCUGCCUUCCGCGUCGUCUUCGCCGCUGCCUGGGCCUUUCCCGCGCUGUUGGCCGCGGGGCUCGCCUUCAUGCCAGAAUCCCCGUACUGGCUGGUUAUGAAGGAUAAGCACGACGCCGCCCUCGUCUCUCUCCGCCGCCUAUCCCGCAAGGGCGAGAAUCUCGACGCCCGCCUCGCUGAAAUCCAAGCCACCGUCGAAGCUGAGCGACGCAUGCGCAUCGCCUUCAAGAAUUCCGGCCUCGUGGAGAUCUUCAAAGGCACGAACCUGCGCCGUACCUGCAUCAUCCUCAUCUGCAUGUACAUGCCCCAGAUCGUUGGGGCCGUGCUUUCAGCAAACGCGCCCUACUUCCUCAGCCAGACCGGCUUGCCCUCCCACACCGUCCUCAUGCUCGUGCAGGUCGCCGUCAGCGUGGGGCUUGUCUCCGCCCUCAUCAACAUCGUCCUCAUGAUGCGCUUCCGACACCGGCCCUUGAUGUUCCUCGGCGUCUCCAUCUGCGUCGUCAUGUACCUCAUCAUGGGCAUCGCCUCCGCCCUCCCACGCUCCUCAGCCACUCUGACCGUUAUCGGUGUCGCCACGGCUUUCACCUCCAUCUCCUACGGCCCCGCCGUAGGCGCGUCCAUGGCCGUCGCUGGGGAGGUCUCAGCCGCGAACGUGCGUGCAAAGUCCCUUGGUGUGGGACAGGCUUUCUCGUCGUUCGCCAGCGUCGUCUGGACCAUUGUCUUGCCCUACCUGUUUAACCAGGACGAGGCGAACCUCGGUGGGAAGAUCGGUUGGAUCUUUUUUGGCAUGGCUGUUGUUUACUUUGGGCUGAUGUACUUCUUCGUCCCGGGCACCAAGGACCGUACCUUCGAAGAGUUGGAUAUCAUGUUUGAGAGGAGGAUUUCUGCGAGACGAUUCGAGAAGUAUCAAUUGAAUGAGACGAGUGCUUAG